AUGGUCCUUACACUCCCUCUCUCACUUUGUAGCAUCGUCCUGGUUGCUGCAGAUCCCGCUCUCUUCGAACCCGACCUUUUCACCGGCGUACAGCAGCAGCUAAGGGGGCCGGCAGAUCUUGAUCCUUUUGGUGACACUGUCGAAGAAGAUGGCCGCAGUGAGAAGUGGCUGAGAGACAUAAGCACGCGGACCAAGAACCACUUCAAAAAGCUCCUGCAGCCUCUUCAGACUCCGAUCGUGCAGGAGAGCUGCCGCCCAGUCAACAAGAUCUUACUCUACCUGAACAAGGAGAUGGAGGUAGUGUGGAAUCUCAAGACCAUUGUUGACAGAAAGCGGUGGGGUGUCGGAAAUGUCAUCACCUCCUCGCCCUAUGGCCCGCAUGGUGAACAUCCAGAGCGCUGGCGGGCAAAUGGUUCAUUCCCGCUUCCCGCUGCUGCACCGAACAACAGCAUUCUCCUGCAGGACAAGAGAAUCAAUUUGGUGUUCCACAUCAAGCCUGAUGUUGAAGAGCACGAGAACAAGUAUGCGAAACAACUCCAGGCCGACUACGAGUCCUUGGUCCACAACAUCAACGAUGCAAGUCAAAAGAUCAGCGAUCUCCGGGCCAGGCUCUGGAAGAUGGAAGAUUUUGCAAAGCAGUUCAUCGCCCUUCCGUCCGGCGUAUGGAACAAGAUCGAUGCGAACUGA